UACUGUCUAGAACCUUCUUUCUGUUUUUGAUCGCUUUUUUGACCAAGAAACAGUAACGUCCAAAUGACGAACUCAAAGGGAUACCGUCGCGGAACGAGAGACUUGUUCUCCCGCAAGUUCCGUAAACAUGGAACCAUUCCACUUUCGACCUACAUGAAGGUCUACAAAAUUGGGGACAUGGUCGACAUCAAGCAGAACUCUGCCAUCCAGAAAGGCUUGCCCUACAAAGUUUACUACGGCAAGACGGGCCGCGUCUUCAACGUGACACCCCAUGCUCUUGGAGUUGUCGUAAACAAGCGCGUACGAGGAAAAAUCCUACCCAAGAGGAUCAGUGUUCGAGUUGAACACGUGAAUCACUCCAAGUGCCGAGAAGACUUCCUGAGGAGAGUGAAGGAAAACGAGCGUCUGAGGAAGGAAGCCAAGGACAAGAAUGUCCAGGUGCAACUGAAAAGACAACCUGUUCAACCCCGUGGAGCUCACAUCGUCUCCGGAAAGGUCGAACCUCAACUUCUUGCACCUAUUCCUUACGAGUUUGUUGCUUAAACGUGAAAUAAAGUCUUUUUAUUAUAUUUA